GUCCGGCUGGCAUGGGACCGCGCCCUUCGGUGGGGCUGCACCCCCAUUAUCAGCAGCAAGUCCCUUACCCUCCUGGAGGCACGAGGAGGCCCAGCGCUUAGCUCUGUCUUCAUAAUAACCUGUAAAUGAAACACCCUGACAGUGGUGUUCCACCUGGAAGGGUUCGGGGCCGGGUGUUCUAACCUAUAGGGAAAAACUUAGCUAAUGGAUGUAUUGCAUUUAGAACUGUUUAGAGUUAUUUUAAAAUUAAUUUAGAAUUAUUAAACACCAUAAGGUGUUUGUAGACAUUAUGACCUGUGGGCUGAGACUGUAGCUCAGUUGGUAGAGUGCUUGCCUAGCAUGCUUGAAGCCUUGGGUUCAAGGCUCUCCUCUGCUAGCAAGUUGGAGACAACUUUGUGGGAGAAAAUGUGAUCUUGGACACGAUGGGGUGGGGCCAGCAUACCCUUUAGCUUUAGGCAAGUGCUCCCAUUGGUUCUGACUAGCGCUGUGACAGAGAAAGGUCCUCAUGCGGAAUACGAGCUAGCUGCUGGCACUGGAGGAAUCCUGGCAGGCAGGCAGGGGUGGGGCUGAGCGGAUGGAGAGUGCCUCCUUUGUCCCUGUCUACUGUUAGGCACCCAGGGCCUUGGAGAACCCGUCCUGCCUACCCUCUAUCUGGAGUCCUGCCACGCCCAUAGUGUGGUGCCGGCUUCUUGUCUUCUGCGCCAAGGGAGCGCCUCCGAAUUGAACCUUCGACACCGGGGCCUGGGGCCUCAGACAGUGGCCGUCUUGAAGGGCUCCAGGAAAUGAGAUCUGAUCGGCACUUAGAGGGAGAAGCAGAUGCUCCCUGGAGAAGAUGGGAGCUCUGGCCAGCUGCAUCUGGGAAGGACAGACCCCUCGGGGCCCUGUGUGCCUCUGCCCCUUGUACCUCUCUGCUCUGUUCCAGGGGGCCUGGGCUCUGGCUUCCAUCUUGACCUCUAAUCUCUACAUCAAGCGUCUGGAUCUUCGGGACAAUGGACUCUGUGGAGCCGGGGCAGAGGCUCUGGCCCGUGUCCUGUGUAAGAACAGCAUUAUCUCUGAUGUGGACCUGUCAGAGAACCAGAUUGGAGCUGCGGGGCUCCAGGCCGUCUGUGCUGCCCUCGCCUCAAACCCCGCUGUGCAGAAGAUGCGACUGGGAGGGAACGGGCUGGAGGAAACGGCCGCCCGGCACCUGGCCGCUCUCCUGCUGCUUCCCACGGGCCUCAAGUCCCUAGACCUCAGCUAUAAUCAGCUCAAUGACCUGGCAGGAGAGAUACUUGGACCUGCCUUGGCAGAAAACACCGGACUCACGGAGCUUAACCUCAGUUGGAAUCACCUUCGAGGCCCGGGAGCCAUUGCCUUUGCCAAGGGUCUGGAGGCAAAUAUAUUCUUGAAAGUCCUAGACAUCUCUCAUAAUGGCUUUGGAGACUCUGGAGCCUCUGCGGUAGGUGAGGCCCUCAAGGCCAACAACGUGUUGGAAGAACUAAACCUGAGAAACAACCGAAUCUCCAUGACAGGAGCCCUGAGCCUGGGACUGGGUCUGCAAGUCAACCAGACACUGCGGAUUCUUAUUAUCUCCAAGAACCCCAUUCGAAGUGAAGGAUAUGUCAGCCUCCUUAAGUCCGUCCGGAACAACAGAUCGUCUGCCCUGGAACUACUGGACCUCUCUGAUGUCCAAGUGAACAGAGAGUGUGAUGACCUCGCUAGCUCAGUGAACGUAAUUCUUCCAGGACUUUGUAUAAAGAAUAACACUUCCAGAAGAAAAGACUAUUCACCAGCCUCCACGCCAUCCCAGCCAGCAUCUGCCCCGAGUGGCUCUGGUCUCAUCUCUAGUAUGCCACUCUGAUGUCUACACUGAUGCCCAUUCAACAUGGCAUCUGCCUUAAUCUGGGCUUCAUUUGCUAUGGCUCAUUCAUUCAACCAAAAAACCUCCCAUGACCAACACAGACACAAGGACAAUGACAUCCCUGUCAUCUAGGUGUUCAUGUUCUGGUGACCCUGUUAGACAAAAUAUAAGGAGAGAUGGAACUCUCAAGCUCUUGAGAGAAGGCAAACAGUCACAACCCACUGGAAGGCAACAUUCCAUUACUAAUGUUCCAAACUAUAAAAUCACCCAUGUGCUUCAGUCUAGCUGACAGACUAAUCUGCUCUACAGAAAUAACCAGAGCUGCAGAGAAAAACGCUGCUGACUGCCGGGAAUGUAACUCAAUAGAGUGCUUGCUUAGCAUACAGAAAGCCCUGGGUUUGAGUCCAUGGCACCAGAUAAAGAAGCACAAUUAUCUGUGUACUCCAGAAGUGUUCUCCAGAAGUGUAGGCAGGAGAAACAGAAGUUCCAGGCCAUCUUCCACAACAUAGUCCAGUUUGAGGUCAGCCUGGGCUACAUAAGACCCUGUCUCAAAAAGGAAAAAUAAAAAAGGUAUCUAUAGAGCUGGUAGCACAUGCCUGUGAUUCUGGCCCUUGGAAAACUGAGUCAGAGCAUAGUGACUUAAGACCAGACUGGGAUACACAGCAUAAACCUGCAUAAAAGAAACACUCAUGUCUGAAGACAUUCACUAAAGCCAGCUAUUUGUAAUGAUGAAAACUGGAAACAAGCGAAAUGCCCAAUAACUAAGAUUUGGAACUCUGCUAAUGUUCAGAGCCAGUAAUCCAAGAACAGGACAAUUCAUGAUGAUAAACAUAAUUAAUGUUGUGCAGGAAUAUCAGAAUCAUGUGGUUUUCUGGUAGUUCCCUAAAAGGUUCAUCAGAAUUACCAUGUAUUAAAAUAUGAAUGUUUUCAAGAGAAAUGAUAACACAUCACACAAAAACCUGUGAGUGGAAGCCAGGGCGGUAGCUCAGAAGGUAAAGGUUCUUGCUGCUAAGUGAUGAGCAGAGCUUGCUCUCCAGACCCCACAUGGUGGAAGGAAAGAAUGGGUCCCCACAAGUUGUCCUCUGACCUCCACACAUGUGUGGUGACAAUGUGCCCCUCUGCACACAGUAAUAAAUAAAUGUGAUGACAUCAUUCACAAUAUCCAGAAUGUCCAAAAGAUAGCAAUGGAUAAAUACAAUUGGUAUAUACACACAGUGGAAUACUAUUUGACCACAACAGAAUAAACUUUUGGGGUGAUUAAUGUUAUAAAGUUGACUAUGGGUGAUUGUUAUACAACUGUGAAUAUCGUAGAAGUCAUUCUAGUCAAUGCAUCGCUUUGAAAGAAUGAGUAAGUUACAUCACAAUAAAGUUGCUUUUGAAGGAAAA